AUGAUAUUGCCCCACGAGUUUUGGGGACGCUUGAACUGUGUGGUGCGAGGAUUGCAGCUCAGGUUGACUAAUGGUCUCCUGAGACCUGCGAGGAAUGCGGCUCGGAUGGACUUGGUGUCUCCGGGACCUGCGAUGAUUGCGGCUCAGAUUGAAAUGUUAUCUCUGAGACCUGCGAGGAAUGCGGCUUGCAUAUUUUGCCCCAUGAGUCUUAGAGUUAUUCGAACCAUGGGAGCGAGGAUUGCGGACCAGGUUGACCAGAUGUCUCUUGAGUCCAUCGAGGAUUAUAGGUCAGGACGUGUCACCAUUGGUAUCACGAGGAAUUGA